UAAAGGGCAACAAAACUAAAUGAAUUGUAAUUGAAAUUUGUAUUUUACAUUAGAAUACAAACUUGUAGGGAAAAAAGGAGAAGGAACAUUUUCAGAGGUUAUCAAAUCACAAUCAUUCAAAACAGGAAACUAUGUUGCUAUAAAAUGUAUGAAAAAUAAAUUCACGUCAAUUGAUUAAGUAUACAAAAAUAUGAAGACUAAAGGUUAAUCAUUUGAGAGAGAUUCAAGCAUUAAGGAAAUUAAGUCCUCAUAAACACAUCAUUAAGCUAAUAGAAGUUCUAUAGUAACUCAAUUUAUUACAAUUUUGUAGUGAUGAACCUACAGGAAGAUUGGCUUUAGUAUUUGAAUUAAUGGAAUAGAAUCUAUACGAACAUAUCAAGGGUAUCUGAAUAUACGUUACAUCUAGGAAGGAGACAACCGUUGAAUCCUUAAAAAGUCAAAUCCUUUAUGUUCUAACUGCUAAAAUCUAUCGAUCAUAUGCAUAGAAAUGGUAUCUUCCAUAGAGAUAUCAAGCCGUAUACAUUAAACAUUUAAAUAGUGAAAACAUUUUAUUGAAUUCAGAUCAUCUGAAACUUGCUGAUUUUGGAUCUUGCAAAGGGAUUUAUUCUAAGCAUCCUUAUACAGAGUAUGAAUUAAUUUCAACUGAUAAUAGAUAUAUUUCAACCAGGUGGUAUAGAGCACCAGAAUGCUUACUGACAGAUGGAUAUUAUGACUAGAAGAUGGAUUUAUGGGGUGUAGGAUGUGUGAUGUUUGAAAUCAUAGCUCUAUUUCCUCUAUUCCCAGGAACAAAUGAAUUGGAUUAAAUUCAUAAGAUCCAUAAUAUUUUGGGAACUCCAAGUCCCAAGGUUUUUGACAGAUUCAGAAAGUAAGUGAAUUCAAAAUGAUAUAGAUAAGCCACUCACAUGGAAAUUAAUUUCCCCAGCAAACAUGGAAGUGGUAUUGAGAGACUUCUCCAAGGAUAAACCAAGGAAUGCAUAGAUUUAAUUAAAAUGCUAUUGGUGUAUGAUCCUGAGGAAAGAAUCACUGCUUAAGCCGCUUUGAAGCAUGAAUAUUUUAGAGAACUAUAUGAAGCAGAAGUCACCCAAAAGAACUUUAAACGCAUUGGAUGUUGCCAAAGUAUAGAGUAAUGAAAUUAUCUAUAAAUAGUGAUGAUAAUCCUUUGGAAAUAACUAAAAGAAUUGAUGAAUUUAAACCAUAGAAUUAAACAAAUUUGAAAUAGACACAAAUUCAUUAAACAAAAACAUAGAAGAAUACUGGAGUAAUUGUAAUAAUUUAGAUUAUAGUUGCCAUUGUUGUAAGGCGAAUUGAAAGUAGACAAGAUUACACAAAAUCAUGAUAGCGAUGAUGGUGUAGAUAAGUUACCUGAAAUUAAGAGAAAAAAAAAGUAUGAUCCCAAAAGUAUUUAUGGGAAAUAAUAUCAAUCCAGUCAAGCAUAUUAGUUUAGUUCCAAAGGUAUCUAUAAUGAAUUCAUUAAAUUAGCUGGUAAAAAAAUGGUGAUUGGAUUAUAAGCAGAUUAUAUAGUUUAUGGGAAGAAAGCUAUGAAUUAAUAAGUCUUAGGCUGA